AUGAAGAAGAUAUUGAUGAUGAGGAAGAUGGGUGUGGAAUUAAAAUAUCUGAUUUGUCGUGUCCUAGAUGCGAUUCACGUUUGCAAGGUUUCCUUCAGUGUCCUGAUUAUACGGAAGUGGUUGAAAGAAUAAGAUUAGAAUUGAAUGAAAUGAAAUAUGAUGACCCUGAUUAUAGAAAGUUGGUAGACGUUAAAGAGCGCUACGAUAACCUCGUCCAACAACAACAGGAUGAGGAAGAUCAGUGG